CGCAUCCGAUACGAGCCCCGUGACUUGAUACGAGCGAUCUGCAGGAAGUCCUCUCGGCGUGGAAGCUAGAGCAUCCGCAUACAGACCACUCAGCCUGAGAGCAGGCCGCGGCCAGGCAAUAGACAUGGCCGAACGCGAAUGGAUCUCGGUCGACUCAAAGGGAGCACGCUCGAAAACGACCCUCUCCUCCCACAUGACAAUCCACACUCCCCCCAAGACCGACAUCUGGCGCCCGUCCCCCACCCAAGACGACUUCAACGCUCCCUUCAUCUACGCCUCGCUCAAGUCGUCGGCAUUCCGGCGAAUCUCGGUGAACAUCUCGGCGCACUGGAAAACGAAAUACGACCAAGGCGGUCUCAUCAUCUGCUGGCCGAGAUCGCCGCGGAAUCAGAGCCAAUGGGUCAAGACUGGCAUCGAGUACUUCGAGGGCAAGCCCGCUCUGAGCGUCGUCGGAUGCGAUCGCUUCUCCGAUUGGAGCUUGUGUCCCAUGCCAGAGGCGAAUGCCGUCGAUGCCACCAUUGAAGCAGUGAGAGUGGAGCAGACGCUUUGGGUGUAUUUGGUGCUCGGUGCGGAGCGGCGGCCGUUGAGGGAGAUCAAAUGGGCAUUCUUAGAGGGCAGGGACGUCGAGGCAGAGAUGUGGGUGGGCAUCUACGCUGCCAAACCCACGCCAGAGUCGCAGGAUGAUUUGCAAAGUGGCAUUGAAGUGCUCUUCAAAAAUCUCACGCUCGACGCCGAGUAGCGCGCUCGACGCGGCGCGCUCGGCGACGAGAUUGCACAUUCCACCGCGACACACUCGCAUUUAUUAAAUUGCAUCAUCAAAU